AUGACGGCCUUGGUGUCAUUCUUACACGUCCUCCAAACCCUCUCCUUACCUGUGAACACCCGUCCUCCAAACCCUCUCCUCACCUGUGAACACCCGUCCUCCAAACCCUCUCCUCACCUGAGCACACUCGUACUCCAACCCCUCUCCUCACCUGUGCACACCCGUCCUCCAAACUCAUUCCUCACCUGUGUACACCCUUCCUCCAAACUCACUCCUCACCUGUGUACACCCAUCCUCCAAACCCACUCCUCACCUGUGUACACCCGUCCUCCAAACCCUCUCCUUACCUGUGAACAUCCGUCCUCCAAACCCUCUCCUCACCUGUGUACACCCGUCCUCCAAACCCACUCCUCACCUGUGUACAACCAUCCUCCAAACCCACUCCUCACCUGUGUACAUCCGUCCUCCAAACCCACUCCUCACCUGUGUACAUCCGUCCUCCAAACCCUCUCCAUACCUGUGUACAGCCGUCCUCCAAACCCACUCCUCACCUGUGUACAACCAUCCUCCAAACCCACUCCUCACCUGUGUACAACCAUCCUCCAAACCCACUCCUCACCUGUGGACACCCAUCCUCCAAACCCACUCCUCACCUGUGUACACCCGUCCUCCAAACCCUUUCCACACCUGUGUACACCCGUCCUCCACACCAACUCCUCACCUGUGUACACCCGUCCUCAAAACCCUCUCCAUACCUGUGUACACCCGUCCUCCAAACCAACUCCUCACCUGUGGACACCCGUCCUCCAAACCCACUCCUCACCUGUGUACACCCGUCCUCAAAACCCUCUCCACACCUGUGUACACCCGUCCUCCACACCAACUCCUCACCUGUGUAGACCCGUCCUCCAAACCAACUCCUCACCUGUGGACACCCGUCCUCCAAACCCACUCCUCUCCUGUGUACAUCCGUCCUCCAAACCCUCUCCAUACCUGUGUACACCCGUCCUCCAAACCCUCUCCAUACCUGUGUACAGCCGUCCUCCAAACCCACUCCUCACCUGUGUACACCCGUCCUCCAAACCCUCUCCAUACCUGUGUACAGCCGCCCUCCAAACCCACUCCUCACCUGUGUACACCCGUCCUCCAAACUCAUUCUUCACCUGUGUACACCCAUCCUCCAAAUCCACUCCUCACCUGUGUACACCCGUCCUCCAAACCCACUCCUCACCUGUGUACAGCCGUCCUCCAAACCCACUCCUCACCUGUGUACCCCCGUCCUCCAAACUCAUUCUUCACCUGUGUACACCCAUCCUCCAAACCCUCUCCACACCUGUGUACAUUCGUCCUCCAAACCCACUCCUCACCUGUUUUCCCCCCUCCUCCAAACCCACUCCUCACCUGUGUACACCCAUCCUGCAAACUCACUCCUCACCUGUGUACACCCGUCUUCCAAACCCACUCCUCACCUGUGUACAGCCGUCCUCCAAACUCAUUCUUCACCAGUGUACACCCAUCCUCCAAAUCCACUCCUCUCCUGUGUACACCCGUCCUCCAAACCCACUCCAUACCUGUGUACAGCCGUCCUCCAAACCCACUCCUCUCCUGUGUACAUCCGUCUUCCAAACCCACUCCUCACCUGUGUACAUCCGUCCUCCAAACCCGCUCCACACCUGUGUACACCCGUCCUCCAAACCCCCUCCUAACCUGUGUACACCCGUCCUCCAAACCCCCUCCUAA